UUCUUCCUUCUCUCUCCUCUCACCAUAACUUCUUCAAUUUUCCUCUCUUCAAUUUCAAACUUAUUCUGCUCCAAUUGUUGCACAUAAUUCUUGCUCCUUCCUCUCUCUUGUCUUCUUCGUUCGUUUUUGUUGUGCAAUUGCGACAAUAGGGGGAGCUACGAUUCAAAUUAGGGAUAUCUCUCUGGUUCACAUGUUUGCUGCAUUGGCAAACCAGGUUGCUAUGGAAAAGCUCUCGGUUCUAAAGUCAAAGAUGGUUGUAUAUGCAAAUGGUCAUGCCAAAGAUAUUGAAGAGGGUCUUGAAUUGCUUCCGGGAGUUGAAUCUCUCCUCCAAGCCUUGUAAUCAAGAGAUGGUGUAGUUACUGGACUGCCAAAUGAUGUUGGAGCAGCAGAAUUUGGGGGAGAUUUGGCAAUAGGUGUUUACACUGGCAUCUUUGAGAAGAAAGAUCUGGAACAAGCUAGCAUUGGAGGAGCUGUCGUUCUUCAAAGUCUUUCUUCUUGUGAGAGCUUCUUAAAUUUGCUGGGUUUUUAAAUUUGGUUCCCUAAUUUUGUAUACUGGCAUUUUAGAUGAGUACUUCGUAUUAUUCUGCUGUACACCAUGCCAUGGUCUUUCUAAAUCCUAAACCUAUUAAAUCUAUAUGCUUAAGUGGGUGUACAAUUUUCAUGUCAUGCAAUAAAAUCACAUUGACUACCAUCCAAAUAUUUCAAUUAUUUUUAGCAAAAUGUUCAUGAAGUUUGGGAUGGACCAUUUUUUCCUUGGCUUGCACAAUGGCUAAUAUCGUACGUCUCAUUCUUUGCUCUUGCACCCCUUCUCUCCCCAGGAGCAAAAAAAGAAAGGAAGAAUAUUCAUGUCACAAUAUGCAAUUAUGCAAGGCUAUGGAUCGAAAAUGAGAGAGAUGGAGCAAGAGAAGAAGGAAAUCAAGAGAAUUCUGGUGACGUUUGACAUUGACGGAACCUUACUUCAAAGCGAUGGUUCCAACUCUAACCAUUUCCAUCGUGCUUUCUCCUAUGCUAUCCUGCAAGUCUUUGGAAUCCAUGGUACUAUCGACGUUAUUCAGCUUCAUGGUUCGACUGAUCGUGCAAUUCUCGUGAACACGCUUGUCCACUAUGGUAUACCAUCUGAGGCUGCUACAGAGAAGCUCCCAGUUUUGAUGUCAAAGAUGACAGAAUAUGUAAAAGCUCAUGCCAAAGACCUAGGAGAGGGUCUUGAAUUGCUUCCUGGUGUUGAAUCUCUUCUUCAAGCCUUAUCAUCAAUGGAUAAUGUACUCAUCGGAUUGGUUACUGGUAACUUGGAAGAGACGGCAUGGAUGAAAUUGGACUCCUUGGGUAUCAAGAAGUAUUUUAGUGUUCCGCGUUUUGGAGGAUUUGGGAGUGAUCACAUUGAUCGAGGUCACCUCAUCAAAAUUGCAGCUGAAAGGGCUGAAAAGCUUUAUCCUGGGAAAUUUGAUUCCCGAGUCCAUGUUGGAGACACCCCAAAUGAUAUUAUAGCAGCUGAAUCUGAGGGAGCUAUGGCAAUAGGAGUUUGCACUGGUGUUUUCGGAAAGGAGGAGCUGGAGCAAGUCAGCAAUGGAGGUGCGGUUAUUCUCCAAGAUCUUUGUGAUUAUAAAAACUUCUGUAGUUUGCUAGGUUUUUAAUUGGAGUAUUCUUGAUUAUGUAUAGCAUGGAUGAAACUAUUUUCCUGUCAUGCUUUAAAAUAACACAUGUUUGACUAUCAUUUCAAUAUUUCCUAAAUCUUAAUCUGAAUGCUCUUUAAAGCUUGGAAUCAGCCAUUUUUCGCCUAUCUUGGCUAUGUUUAUGUACCGUACUUUCAUUUCUA